CUUGCAAAUCAUAUAGAUGACUAUUAUUCAAUAAAUUAUGCUGGACAAAUUAGUACAAGGGCCAAUGGCCCGCUAGAGUACUGGGUAUCUCAUGCUGCAUCGAGCCAGCGCGCUGGCGCGCUCACUUCUGUUUCUUAGAUGACUUCGGCGGACGGCCCCAGGACAUAUUGUCCUCAUCGAGCAUCUCGGCGUAUCCGCCACUCGGAGCCGUAGCUUGUGAGGGUACGAGUGAUAUCUGGGAGUACGAUGGUGGCAGCGAGAUCGUGUACUCCGGAGAGGAGUCUGACACGGGAGACACAGGAGAUUGUUUACUUAAGCUCUUCGAAGGCUUUGACUUCAGUGAUAUGCUGGACAAGUUCAAGGAUGGCAUGAUCAGCUCGCAAGCACGACGUUAUCUGAUAAGGGAGAAGCAGCUGGGAGGGUUGCGAUGGAUUCUGAGGAAGGAGCAUCGAGGAGCCGACUUUAUAGUCCGAGCGAGCAAGCGUGGUCGGCUUUUCGGGAGUCACAAAAGCCACGCAAUGGAAGCAGUGUCUAAAGGGCCCACUAGUGGCAUUAGAAGGUCAGCAGACCUGGGCGCCCUGACAGACAAGCCAGCAAUUCGUGAUGCAUCCGGAUCUUCUCCGUUUCAGUCCAGUAACAUCAACGAGAUUUGUACAGCGAAGCAACAGACCGGGACAUGCUAGUGCAUCUGCGCCGCAAUGAGACAAAUGCAGGACAUGGGAUGGACAAAUUCUUCAAGCUAAAUCUUUGACGUAGCCACAACCAACAGGUAACCGUGUCAGUCGAAGCCGGGAUGUCUGCAGAGAACCGCUAGGAAGCCGUGUCCGAACCUGCUAGCUCAACGAAGGCCAAGCUUGCUCUGAGUAGUGACGCUGAUGCCUGGCUGAGUAACGAACCCGCCGAU